GCGCUCUGACCGUCGGAUCAGACUGGGCCGGACCGAUCACCAGUGGGUUCUAACAGCCCGCUUCAAAGGGCUUUAUGGGUAAAAACAAUGACAUUAAUUCCACAACUUUAAACACCAUUAGAAUGAUGAUUUUUCUUCCACUAAGAAACUCAAAAAAGGGCUUUCCGCUAACUCCUCUAGCGCUCACUCUUUCGCUCGGUCUCCGUCUCCUCCUCUUCGGGUACCGAUUUCUCCUUUGCUCCUUAACGAUCGCUGGUCACACAACCCAAGUUAACUUCUUUCACGUUCGAAUUCGAGAUUCUGUUCCUCUUUUGCCCCAUUUCUCAGGAGCUCUCGAGUUAAUCGUCAGAGUCAACGUGAGAUAACCUAGGGAGGAGAGGUCGAUGCCGAUGGUAGCAAGAGAGAAAUCGGUGCGAUUAGACCAACUUGACACCGAGGCCAUGCUUGACGAUUUGGAUUCCUUCGAUGAUAUCCCUCUUCCCACGACGACCACCACAGAGCGAAGACCCGGAAAGUUUCGACCUAGAGCUCGUGCUAAAACUGCUAAUGUUGCCUCUACAACCCCCAAAAACUCUGAUGCUGCACAACUGGUUCCUCCAUCUCCACAGCCUUCAGCUCAAGAUUCUGAUUUUAAUCUGGAGAUGGAGAGAACCGGUCACGAACCUGGCCUUUCCAAUUACUCUGUUGUGGCAGGUGGAUUUUUGGAUACUUCUCGGCAGAGUCAAGGAAGUUUAGGCCAGAUGCUUGCUUCAGCUUGUGUUCCCCUAAUGGCCCCACAAGUACAACUGGGAAUGUCGAUAUCUUUUAGCCAAAAGUUGAUCAACAAUGCCAAAACAAGGAACUUAUGACAUCGUCCAAUGAUUUUCUUGGAAUUGCGAUGUCACUCGGUGUCUCAACUCUCGACUCUAGUGUCUCUCAACCAGAGGCUGUUCACUUUGAAAUAAACACGGCUUAUGAAGAACCGUUGAUCAGUCUUGAGGCCUCUCAAGGUGAAGGAUUCUCAAAGGUUGUGACAUAGAUCAACUUAUCCUCGCUAAGUGAAAUAAACAGGCAUUAGCAGAGUUCUCCACCAUGGAAUCUCCUCAGUAUACUGGUGGAACCGCUGGUGUCCGAUGAGCAGGCAAGUUUCAACCAGAAAACAUCUCACAACCAAACAAGGGAACAGCUAAGUCUGUUUCUUUCAUUUCUUCCGAGGCUUCUGACUCUGUCAUUCCUUCCGUGGGAUCCUUUUCUGAGACAAUGGAUAUUUCCUCUGUACAAAUGAUGACCGAUGUACAUGAAGAUGACCCUUUACAUUCAGUAUCCACAAUCCCAGACUGCAUUGCAGGAUUUCGGAUGGAUCACAUGAUAGGGUCGGAAAAGAGAUGAUGCAGCUCAAAACUCGGACAGAGUUGACCAAUGAAACAACAGAUGAUGGUCUAGUGAUUAUAUCACAUGAUACGGAGGAAAGGGGGGUCUUUAGAAAGAAGAGCAACAGGAGAAUGGUUGUGAUGUUGAGGACCUGUGGAGUUCAAUGGUUCAAAAUGUGAAGUUACCGGUCCUUCAAAUGUUACCGGAGUGUCAAAGUGUAUUUGAGUGUGAUGGCUCUCACCCUGAAGACACGGAAAUAUGAGAGAUCUGAAGCAUAGAGCGAUUCUUAUUCUGCCUUCCUGAGGAGUAUGCUAGUGAUCGAGAACCAAAUUGGAGUUCUUUCCAUGAUGCUUGCAUCCAACUGUUCCUUUGAGAAUUUCUUUUAGCGCAAAAGCCAACCACAACAAAACAACAUUGUGUCCUUUGCUUGAGGAAAAAGUGUUGACCAGGUAUGACUUUGCUGAUUGCAUUUCUGCACCAGAUUCAACUUAAGAGUAUGUAAUAAUUUUUUUGGCUGUACACGGAUGCUAAUUCUCUCCGUUCACGAUCUCUUUCAAGUUUUUCUUUUUCUCAAUCUGGCACAGUCACAGAUUGCAUUUGAAGAAGUCGAGAUGUAUCAUCUAAAUGCUACAUGUCAAUUUAAAGCAUCAGUCGCUGUUCAUGUCUCCA